AUGACAUUCAAAGACAAAUUAUUGAGUAGAGAAAAACGUUAUUUGGAUUUUGAAUAUACAGCUCGUAUGUUUUUUCAACUUAAUGUCAAAAAUAAUAUUUUAAGAGUGAAUGAAUUAUGGGCAUAUGCAUAUGGUUUUCGUGCCCUUAUGCCAAUUGAAACAAGUAUACAACAUCGACCAUUUAGUAGAAGAAGAAGAAGUGUUUAUAAUACGUUGGAGUCCUUAUUGGAUUUUCCUCAUAAUUUGGCUAAAAAUUUGCCAUGCUUUGUCAAAAUAUUUGACUCAGGUUUUUGGCUACAUUCAUAUGAGGCGAAUGUAGCCAAAGGUAAUGUGAAGAAUUUGUUCGCUUUAGGAGGCGUUUUUGUCUUAGAAUAUGGCCAAUGUAGCAACCAAAUGGCUAAUCAUAUACGAAUUAAUCAUAAAAAUAAUAUGUUGGAAGUUAAUGAAAUUUUCGCUUAUGCUUCAGGAUUUCGUGCUAAUUUUCCAAUUGAAUCUCAUGUAAAUGGUAAGAGUCGUGUAAGAAGAGAACUUUAUAAUGUUAUAACAACAUUAUUAGAUUUUAUUGUUAUUACAACAACAUAUUCAAUAAAUGGUACAAAUUCAAUAUUAAAACGUGGAAAAAGAUAUUUAGAUUUUUUGAAUUUAAGUCGUAUGACUUUUCGUGUAUCAAUUAGAAAUAAUAUAUUACAAGUAAAUAAUGUAUUUUCAUAUUCGGUUGGUUUACGUGCAAAUAUGCCAAUUGAAUCAGAUCAUUUACAUUAUUUAGAUUUUAAUAUACAUCCACAUCAUCCGAAACCAAAAACAAUUAGACGACGUCAUGUUUAUGAAACAAUUGAGGAUUUAUUAAAUGCACAUGGAUUGGAUGGUCGAGCAUGUAUACUAAAAUCAUUUUGUACGGUUACUGAAUCGAUACGUGAAGGUUAUGGAACAGGAAUGUUAUUUAAAAUAUUUCAGUUAAUUUUUACACCCCGAGAUCAUGAUAAAAGGCAUUUUCCAUAUUUAAAUGAAAAUAAUUGCAAUCAAUUGUUACAUCAGCAUUGUCCUUUUGGUUUUGACAGUAUAUCACCAUACACAGAUGAUUUUUGA